AUGCCUCGCCAAGGAGACGGAAGUUCUGACAAUGGCCCCUUCGAAGAGGCACAGCAUGACAUUCUUCACGGUGCAGGUUCCAAUGUGUCCGACCAUGUCGCUCGUGCCGAUAAGACUACCCCAAUGCCCGAAGUUGAAAAGGGCGAAGGAAUCGAGGGGUUGAACGCCAGCGGUGGUGGCCUCAGCCUCCCAUCGACCGGUGAUCAGGGAAAGGGACCGUUGCUGUCAGACUCCAAGGAAGCAAAGUAG